AACCGUCGAUGUCGAAAGCCAACGAAAGUAGAAGGUUCUCUCUUCUUCGUGUUCGCUUCCGCCUUCAAUUACUGUAGCUUUUGCAACUCCCAGAGAAACUUCCUCCUGGCUUGCUUCUUCGUCCAUUCUCCACCAUCUCUCAUUCAUUCCUUCCUUCCUACUCAUCCUUCUUCCCUUACAAUUACAUUCAUUUCAUUGUCUGUUCCAUGAUCGCCGCCGCUCCCCCACUCCGAACCACGUCCUUUUCGUCAUUAUCAUCGCUUUCGUCGUCAUCCUCUGGACCCUUGUCGCAUAACCCGAUACGCCGUGAAUUCUUUGCCUUCUUCAACUUAGGGUUCCGAUUUUUGACUCCGAGGCCGCUGACGGAGCUGCACGCGCUUCCCGCUAGCUCGAUCAGGAUGGAAUGGUUGAGCAAGAAGGGUGGAGGAUGCUUUAGGAGCAACCAGGGAAAGGACGUGCUUAAGUUUGAGGCCGAUAGUGGCGGCGUGGAUGUUUUCGAUGCCACGCAGAGGGCAGUCCCGGACCACCUUGUCAUCAUGGUUAAUGGCCUUGUUGGAAGUGCCGCGGAUUGGGGAUAUGCUGCAGAGCAGUUUGUGAAGAAGCUUCCUGAUAAAGUAAUUGUGCACCGCAGUGAAUGUAAUUCCUCGAAAUUGACAUUUGAUGGAGUUGACCUGACGGGUGAGAGGCUAGCUGAAGAGGUGUUGGCUGUUGUGAGGCGUAGGCCUGAGGUGCAGAAAAUCUCUUUCGUGGCACACUCUUUAGGGGGCCUUAUUGCAAGGUAUGCCAUUGGGAGGCUGUAUGAUCAUUCUAUAAAACUGGAACCUGCGGGUCUUACUGGACAUUCUUCAAGUGAAGAGCACAAGAAUUAUAUGGUGCAAGGCAUCGGGCAACCUCAUGAAGCUAAAAUUGCUGGAUUGAAACCCAUGAACUUUAUAACAUUUGCAACACCUCAUCUUGGUUCCAGGGGACAUAAUCAGCUCCCAUUUCUCUGUGGUCUUCCUUUUCUCGAGAGAAGAGCAUCCCAAACUGCACACUUGGUUGCUGGGAGGUCUGGGAAGCAUCUCUUCCUUACUGACAAUGAUGACGGAAAACCUCCUCUUCUCCUUCGAAUGGUUAAUGACUCUGAGGACCUAAAGUUCAUAUCAGCUUUGCGUGCUUUCAAACGCCGUGUGGCAUAUGCAAAUGCAAAUUAUGACCAUAUGGUUGGCUGGAGAACAUCAUCGAUCCGGCGUCAGCAUGAACUUCCAAAGUCAAAUCUUCUCGUAACGGAUGAGAGAUAUCCACAUAUCGUAUAUGUUGACCGAGAACCUAUGAACAACAUUCAUAACAAAGAUUCUUUAGCUGUUGGAGACCAACAAACUGACUUGGAAGAGGAGAUGAUCAGAGGUCUCACUCAGGUACCUUGGGAACGUGUGGACGUUAGCUUUCAUAAAAGUAGACAGCGAUAUAUUGCUCACAAUACCAUUCAGGUGAAGAGCUAUUGGUUGAAUUCGGAUGGUGCUGAUGUGGUUUUCCAUAUGAUCGACAACUUUCUUCUCUAGUCCCUCUACAUGUUUGGGUCGAUGAUCUGAUGAUGGGUUAUGUCGCAUCUAUAUUUUUUGUACCGAACAUUGUCACACCUGGGAGAUCUUGUUGUGUAUAUUUCAUUUCAAUUUGCAGAGAAUAGGAGAUUUACAUAAUUUCUGCUUCCUAUUUACUUGUAGUUGUAGGUCUGUUUUAGCUUUUCAUUUGUAACCAUACCUGUACUUUAUUUCUUAAUCGAUGAAAUAGUUCAUAA